AUGCGGAGGAGUCGUGUCGCUCAGUACUACUGGUCUAGGUACCGCAUGCCGACACAGAUGCCUAGGUUUGAUGGUCCCGCCCCCGUUGCUGCGCCGCAGAGCAUGAACAGCACCAAGACUAAUGAGUUUAUUGAUCCCAUUGACGACAAAUUCCCGGUGAGUAUCCGCGGUCCUCUGGUGCGGCCGGACGUCCCUGAGGAUCAGUACGUGGACAGCUGGUACGUGUGCACUUCAAUGACGCACCACCUCGGCGAUUACCGACCAUGGAGUGCCAGUGCUCCACCCAACGCGUAUCGUUUUCGUCCCUACAAUGAAUUUGACGCCAAGGGUAGGGAGUAUGUGCAGUACAUGCGGCAGUUUGCCCGCCAUGACCCGCAAAAGUCACGUGGAAAGGGGCAAAAGGGGUUCCCCUUUCGUGAUGCCUACCUCACAAAAAUGAAUGAGGCCAAUGGUAUCACACGGCCCCCCACACUGGAGACCAUCAUGGACCGUGCAGUGCAGGAGAAACACCAACACACGCACGUUUUAACGCCAAUGCAGGUACAACGUGACGUGGGUCGCUCAGAGGCCCCGUUGCCCUGCGCCGGUAACAUCCCCGUGGACAGCAGCCGAUUCCCGUUUCGUUGGAAGACAGAGGACUGGUACGAAUACGAGGUGGCUAAGGUGCGCAAUAGACGCUUUGUCUUUGAGAACACGGAGGAGAACGGUAUCCACGGCUCCGAAGUGACGUACAAAAUUGUUCUAGAGGGAUUUUGGGACCAUCACGUGAUGAAGCUGGCGGAUGACGUCUGCAUGUUCCUCAGGGAUGUGGGUCGUCAAAUUACCGAGGAGAAACUUGGUACGGUGCGACAUGCCAUGGACGGCCUUUCAGGGGGCGCCGUCGAUCCGGAGCUGAUCGCCAUCUUUAACGUUGCCCGCUUGGGCCCAUUCGGUCGCCCCGAUGAGUACGAUGCGGAAGAAGUGGCAGGCUUCAUGCGGGCUGACUUGAAACGACUGGAGGAGCAGUGCCUGAGUGUUAUCAACCGCUGCAAUGUGCCCGUGCCAGGCGCCACAAAUAUAUACGACUCGCAGGUCUCAUGGCCGUAUGUGGAGAAGCUGGAACCGUGGGUGCGCAUGGCGGAGUUCUGGACCUCCGCCUCUGACACCUCCUUUACAGAGCUUGAGAUGUCCACCGCACAUUACGAAUUUAGAAAAUACUUUCGUGUCGUUGUCUGCAGGCUGCCAUUUCAGAGUGUCGAGUUUGAAAAACGCAUGUAUGAUAUAAGGCACUGGCUACACCGACAAACCACGUGUGAGUUUCAUACCAUUUAUAGGAAGAACGUUAUUCAUGAUGGCUCUGUAUUUCCGACGGAACACGACCCUGCCACGCCCUCAACACAUGAGCACCACCGCAUGUUCUCUUUUGCCCUCGAUUGGCAAAAUGCUCCAGUAAAUCGUCUCAGUGUGGCCACGGUACUGGAGGGAGAGGAUUGGGGGAGGGCAGCACAGCGCUUCGGCUGCGGCGUGGAAGAACUUAAGAAGGAGAACCCGGCGGUGGAGACCCUUGAGGCAGGUGCUCUCCUUAACCUUCCUGGAAACGCCUCACGUAGGCUGACGAGCUUUGGUGCAUCUCCACGUGUGCUCUCGCUGCGGACCGCAAAAGGUGAUAAACACAUACGCACCUGGGACGAAGCCGCGGCCGCUCUUGAUUGUACCGUGGAGGAGCUACAGCAAGUCAACGGCCACGCCGCACUCACCUACAAACAGACUGGCGAGAAUGGUGAGGGCGAGUUUGACACCUCCGUCACGGAGCUGAACGUCCCCCUCUCCUGUUGGAUGGCAACCCCAGAGGCGGAGUUCAGCCCUAUCGAGCUUGUCUUUGCUGGUGACACCCUUGCCACCAUUGCGCAGCGCCUGCAAUGUAGUGAAGAGGCUCUUCAGAGGGAGAAUGCUGGGUUACGUGACGUUACUAACCUACACUACGUGAGGGUACCAACUGAGGCGAAAGCGCCAAGACGACUAGUGGAACCGCAACUCCGCCCACAGGCCGCAACAGAUGCGCUGCUAACACGCACUAUUGCAGAAGAAACUGCAUUUCAAAUUAAACAUCUUCCCGAUCUACCGGCAAACUCGCAGAAUUUUCCACACGAGUACCACACCCCGACCUCACGCUUUCCGGCAGCUCCAAAAAAAACGGGGUCAGAGAACGAUUGGAUGUCCUACACGGCAAAGUACCUUGACAAGCAGUUCACGCACCUAACUGAGCCCACGCCGCUGUACAAUGUGAAUAAGCUCUGGCCCAUGCAGCAGGUCCCUGGCAAGGUGGACCAGACACCCUUCGAGGAGGAUCAGACGUGGCUGCUCAAUCCUAUUCCCGUGCAUCAAAUGGAACAACACCACCCCGAAAAGGAAUUACAGGACCUUCCGUUUGUCAACCACGAACAAUUCCCACGCUCGCUGGAGUGGACUGCACCGUGA